CCCGCCUCAGCGCGCGCAUGCGCGGUGAUUCAAACGCGAUGGCGGCUGGGGCGGCUCGGGGCUGAGGGGGGCGAUCCCCGGCCGCCGCUGCCUCGGCGCGAUGUCCUCAGCGGGCAGCAGCACGGUGGUGGGCGGACAAACGCCUAAAGCUAAGCGGAGAGGAGGAAGAAUCGUGCAGUCUCGCUACCUGCAGUUCGAUAAGAAAGACAGCAAGAAGGUGCCGAGAGUGCCGAGCACAGGCGUCUCUCAGCCGAAGGCAGAAAAGGAUGCUUCAUCGAGUUCCUCUUCAUCAAAUACUUCUCUGCCGUCUUCUAGAACUAAAGCAAGAUCCGUUCUCUCUCAGAAACACGAAACUUAUGCUAGUGUUGACCACAGCACGUUAAAUCAGAGUGGUUUUGAGAAGGGUGACUUGCAGUCCACUUUAUUAGGUGAAGAAAAAGUGAAGCUACCAGACUUUGAUAUUUCUGCUAUUAAUGAUAAAAGUGACCCCAAGGAGAGUUCUUACUCAGAAUCUGCUUCAGAAGGAGCAAGUGAUGAGGAAACUGAUUCUAAGGAUCCUAUAGCAGAGCUGGAAUCUGAGACACUACUUUUAACUACCCUAAGACUGAAGGUAGGAAAAAGUGUUGCCAAGAUAGAGGAAAAAGCAGAAAAAAACUUGCUAAGGUUGUGUGAAGAAAAGCAGAGACAACAGGAGAUGCUCUGGGAGCUGAAAAGGGAAAUUCUGCUUGAGGAGAGAGAGGAGAAGCUCAACGAAACAUUAGAUAAACAGAUAGAAGUGCUGCCUCCCCUGGUUGCUGUCUGUGAACAGUUUAAAGAGCAAUACAAAAGCUUUGCAGCUUCCCUGGAUGCUGCGAGACACGAAUUGCCCAUAAAGAACAUUCACAUAGAAGGAGAUAAGCAAACCUGCCUUGAUGAGCUGGAAAAGCAAUUAAUGAUCACACAGGAGCUUCUGACAGGAAUUAUGCCAAACCCCUCAGAGGAUAGUGCAAAAGCACUUGGUGCACUGAAAGAGCUAAAAGAAGUAUCUCAGCAACUGUGUAAAGGGCUUCAAAGGAGCUUCACAAAUGUGCAGAACUUGUCGUUUGAAGCCUGUAAAGAAGUUUCUCUGCAUAACCAAUACGUGUGUGAAGAGACUUAUGGAGUAGAUGUUGUGAAACGCUGGUAUUUCAGCUGAGUUUCUGUAUUGUUUUACUACUGGGUAGGUACUAACUCAAAGCCAGCAGACUUUUUAUCCUUUUACUUCUUGUGUGGACAUACAGCUUGCCCAGUUUUUCAGUGAAGCCAACAGCAGGGGUGCUCACUGAUGCAGGAAUUGGAGAGUUGUUCUGCAGGCUGUCCCACAGGGAGACAUCGCCUGCUUUUAAUGGGGACUUCUGUGACAGGUUUUCCAUCCCUUUCUGCCUUGACAGUACUGAAAGGUAAAUGAUAAAAAGUGCUAUUCCUGCCAGAUCUGACGUGUUUGGUAAUCUGUGGACUGAGGUUGCUCACUGAACAGCUUCUGCAGGAACUUUGGUUUGUCCCAUAUUUCUGGGUGUGCUGUGUGGAUAUAAAGCACUUGGAAGGAGCCUGAUCACUUUUAACAAUUGAGAAAUCUUGGUAACUGGUUGCCUAAUUGUCUUGUAAAUAAAUUAUUGAAAUGACAAAUGCUUUUGUAUAAACAUGACUCUUCUUUAAGGA